AUGCGUAUUAUAGAUAAAAUAUUCUAUAAGGCACUCACGAAGUUCAAGUCAUUACGAGUGUUUGCCAACGCAAUAAACGACAAAUCGGUUCCUUACUGGACAGCCGCCAUCACGGAGGUUGAUCCGUUCGAGAGAAUUAAUGACCUGAUUAUAUAUCCAAAUAAACAAUGUCAAGACAUCAUAGACUCCAUCACCCUUUCCAAGUCAGUCGACGGUAGCUCCUCUAAAACAGAUGGGUCGUCCACAGAGCAUCUUGAAACCUCGGCGUCCUAUCAAGCGACUAGCCGUACCUCAUUCUCCAAGAGACUCCCUCGGUAUAUGCUUCUCUCUGUGGCCAUCCCAAUUUUGGUACCGGUCGGUGGGCUGUUGAUUUUGGGAACUGUUGCCACACAAGGAAUGAUCUCUAGGAAAAGAGUUAAGGCGAUUAAAGAGACGAAUGGUGAAAAAUUGGAUUUGAGUGCUGAUGAAGAUGGCAAUGGAAUUGUUUCAGGAAUCACCAAAGAAUUUUCUAACCUUGAAGAAGAAGUCAUUGAAGGCGUGAUUAAUCUAACUAAUCGCGUUGACUCUCAAUUAAACAAGUCUUCAAGUCUUUCACAAAACGAUUCCUACUCAAAAGAU